AUGUACACCGGCUCCAACGACAUCUCCACGACCCAGAUCGGCGAGGAUGGGGACCUGGAUGAGGUAGCGCUGGAGAGCCUGCUGUGGGUGGUGACCAGCGUGGAGGACCUCACCCGGGCGGUCCUGCCCCAGGAGCAAUUGGCGCUCUGUGCGGACCCAGGCCGGGUGGCGCUGCAAGCGAUGCUACCCGAGCCACCCCGAGACGCCUCCGGAGACCAAAGGCGACCGGAGGCGCUAAGGCCGGCUCCUGCCCCUGAACCGAGCGCAUCUGAGCCGAGCGCGCCGGCCAAGCUGGUGCCGCAGGCGCUGCCCUGCCCUGAGCCGAGGGCAGCGGCCGCGCUCGAGCAGCCGGCGCCGACCGAGCCCGCCCCAAGCAGUUCAACGACGGGGCAAAUGGCCAAGGAGUUGGCCUCCCGAGAGGGGCGCGCUCUGGCCCAAGCGGUGGCCGAGCACGUCCUGGCCUGCUACCAAAGCCGGGACCCUAACUUCUCACUGGAGCCAGCCCGGCAGGGGGUGGUCGAGGCAGAGGAAGGGGCCGCCCGGCAGGCUGUCCGGGGCAUCACCGCCGAGGUGGCGGCUUGUUUCACGCGGGUGCCGCCGCCGGUACUGAACAGUGGCAGCAGUAGCGAAGACUCCUCGCCUCCUUCAGAGCCCGUCGACCGAGAUUAG